AUGGAAGAAUGGCGGGCUCGCGAGUAUCCGCAGUUGAAGGGAAAGACAUAUCUAGACCACGGAGGCGCUACACUGUACGCGCGAUCCCUCAUCGAGGAGUUCUCCGCCGACCUUAUCUCGAACCUGUAUGGAAAUCCCCACUCGGCCUCGUCCCCAUCUGCCGUCUCCGGGCACCGUGUCGACGCAAUACGAGAGCGCACCUUACGCUUCUUUGGCGCGAACCCCCACGAUUACGAUCUCGUCUUUGUCGCCAACGCUACCGCCGCCGUGAAGAUGGUGAUUGACUGCUUCAAAGACUUUGCCGCCUCCACCAACACUCCCGUGUGGUACGGCUAUCACAAAGACGCCCACACCUCCUUGGUCGGCGUGCGGGAACUGGUCAAAAUGCACCGCUGCUUCACAAACGACAACGAGGUGGAAUGCUGGAUCAACAGUGGCGGCUUCGGCGGCCCUCGCUCGCGCCAGCUUGGCUUGUUUGCCUUUCCCGGCCAGUCCAACAUGACUGGCCGCCGCUUGCCGCUCAGCUGGUGUGGCCGAAUCCGAAAGUUGUUCCACAAAGCCGCCACUUACACCCUCCUUGACGCUGCCGCGCUCGCAACAACUGCGCCCUUGGAUUUGUCCGACCCCGCCACCGCUCCCGAUUUCGUUGCUCUUUCCUUUUACAAAAUCUUUGGGUUUCCCAAUAUCGGCGCCCUGAUCGUGCGCAAGGACUCUGCGCAUGUCUUGGCGCAGCGAAGGUUCUUUGGCGGCGGCACGGUGGACAUGAUCAUCGCGGUACAUGACACAUGGCACGCCAUGAAAGAAACGUCCAUCCACGAUCGGCUCGAGGACGGGACGCUACCUUUCCAUUCCAUCUUCGCUUUGGACCACGCCAUGAACGUCCAUGAACGCUUGUACGGCCCGGAUCCAAUGAAAUUCAUCUCUCAACACACCGCACAGCUUGGCAAGCUGUUGUACGACGGCAUCAGCUCGUUGAUGCAUGACAACCGAUUGCCGGUUUGCCGCAUCUACAAGGACGAGCAAGCAGUCUACGGCGAUCCUGCCGUGCAAGGCGCGACGAUCGCCUUCAAUGUUCUCCGAUCGGACGGAAGCCUGGUCGGGUACGAAGAGGUCGAGGAGGCGGCGGACGAGCGAAACAUCUUUGUCCGCAGUGGCUCACUAUGCAACCCUGGAGGUGUAGCCACGUACCUCAACUGGUCGCCGGCGGAAAUGAAGGCGGCCUACGCUGCUGGCCAUCGCUGCACAAACCCCACUCAGAUCAUGUUCGGUCGAGCGACGGGCGUGGUGCGGGUGAGUCUGGGCGCGAUGAGCACCGCAGGCGACGUCAGGGCGUUGAUUCAAUUCCUGGAGGACGUGUACGUUGAGCGCGAAGGACAGCCGCUGGCAGCCGUUGCACAGGCUGCACAGAUGGCCCGCACCGUGCAAUUGCCCGCGGGUGCAAGACCGCCCUCCCCCGCCACCCCGGUCUCUCCCACAGAUGUCAUGGCCUCUCCUACCCGCCAUGACUUCAGACCGGCCUCAACCGGACAACACUCUCCCCACAAACUCAACGGCAUCGACAGCCCUCUGUGGGACGCAACGCCGGACUCGGCAAUCGUCAUGCCGGAACGACCGCGCUUCAUCCCCUCCGAAUACACGCAACGCUACAAGCCGUGGGAAGAAGCGAUACGAAAGACAAACUACACGCACGUCGCCAACGUCACCCAAGUCCGCGAAGUCGUCGUAGAUGGCGGCGGCGGCACAACCCCGCUCUCUCGCAACCCGCCCAGCGUCAAGGCACGCAAGUUCGGCAGAAGCGUGGUGAACCUGUUGCGGAACAAGCCUUCUUAUCAAGAUCCACUGCCGGUGUCCCGAUGA